CAGCUCUCAGGCAUCUUGGAGCCAACAGACGGCCUCGAACGUUGUUUGUCCCAAGAUCGCAUUCGCCGCCGUUGCUCUUGUCGCAAACCAGCGUAGCGAAACUUUACUUUUCCACGUCGUUAUCAAAUUUCCAAUGAAACCUGGUGACUGGCACGCGACGGUAAGGUUUAUAAAUUGUUUGGAAAUCCCAAUUUCGUUUAGUGAUUGAUCGUAAAUUAAUGGACGGUGGAUGAAACGUGACAAUAUUUUACGGUUUAUGUACCUGGAUACAUCUCUGAAUGAACUUAUACCUGCGAAGCGAAGAACCGUUAUAAAAGGUAGUACAAAGGAUACUGUACAAUAAUAUACAGUAUUUAUCUACCCAGUGACCACAGUGAAGUGAGUCGAAUAAUCGGUAUCUUAGUUCACUUAACAUAUACAUUCUUAUCGUUCCGUGGAAUGUGCGAUAUUCUACGUAAUACCGAAGAAUAAAUUGAUCGAGAAUAGAAAAAUAUUUUGCUUACUUAUUGCAUUGUUGUAUUUCAUCAAAGAGUCGCUUUCAAGCUGAUAAAACUUCAAUUAAUAGAUCAUAAAACACGGUUGCUGCGUUUUCGAUCGAAAAUCCAUUUCAAAUUUCGAAUGAUUCGAAUUUCUCCGGUUAAAUUUUAGACAGGCGCAGAACGAAUGCGCAGUCGCCUGGCUGCCGCGUGUGGGAGUGGUUGACGGUUGACGGGGAGUUUGAGAGAGUCGUGUAGUGUAAGUGCGAGAAAUUUCAACGUGGACAGAGGAAUUUCCUCCGCUGAGAAUUUCCCUGACGUGACGUUUGUUCGUUGGCGAAAUAACGCAGAUGUAAAACUAAGAUAAAACGUGAUUACGGUAGAAAUCUGACGCUUACGAUCGCGUGUAUUUGGUAUUGGCGAUUAGUCGACCAGUGUGUGGAAAAACGUUCGAGACCUUUUAGAGAGCUUGUUACACAAGCCAAUGCCGAGUGCUUCUAAGGAGUGCUUCGUACCUGUCCUCAAAACUGACUGUGGAAACUAUGAUACGUGGUGGUGAUUUAAAAUGCGAAUACAUGUGAAUCAACGUGAACAAAUACCGAGCCGCAAUAUGUCAAAUGCUGAACUUAACAUGCAGGAUAAAAAAGACUUGGACAAGUUCACUAAAUUCCUUGGUCUAAAGGCGGCGCAAAUCAUCGUGCAAUCGAGGUUAGGCCAGAAAGUUAACACGAAAUGCAAGCCGAAUUCAUCCGGCACUGAUUGGUUCAACCUGGCGAUACAAGACCUGCCCGAAGUUCUCACAGAGGCCAAGAAGGCUCUGUGCGGGGAAACAGUCAAUUUCAGGAUUCCUCUGUGUGUGGAAAUAUCUCUACGCACGAUCGAAGGAGACACCAUGGUCCUGGAGACAUGGAGCCUUGGCGUCCUACCGGAACAAAGUGACCCCGAGGUCAGAAUAACUUACACAGUUUAUAACAGAAUGGGUAUUCUGUUGAAGUCCUUACUUUCCGUGACCAGGGUGACGCCGGCUUACAAACUGAGUCGGAGACAAGGACCCGAUUCUUACGUUAUUUGCUAUAGGAUUUACAUGGGAGAGCCGCAGCUUCAUACAUUGGGUGAUAACUACAAGCACGUCAGAGUUGGCCAGGUCUAUACUCCGGUUGGAACUAUCCAAAUAUCUUUAUCGUAUAGAACCAAAAUGACAAUUUCUCCUACUCAUACUGGUCGGGACCUUGUAAUGCUGAAGAGUGAUCACUUUCACUCAGAUCUUAGCCCGAGACAUGUUCGCUACCAUCAAAGCGAAGAGAACAAUACUUCCUUGAGUGACAUGGCAAAAGUUGGCGCAUUCGCAGUUAACAAGAAAGUGACUGUGAAUGAAGAGGAUCUGGUUAUACCAGAUGUUCCGUUCAGUGCUCUUCUGACUCCACGUCAGACUUCUCCACCGCCAAUUCCAUCCACUGAAGAGCCAGUGAUCCCGCCUCUGUCAGGAACUACUGCGCCACAAACGGACAACAAUAAUGGCAACUCGGAAAAAACCUUAAAUGGCAAUUCGACGCCGAAAUGUAAUUCGCAAAAUGGAUCGAGGCGGAGCAGCUGUUCUAUGAUGAGCGCAAACGACGAUUUCAUUAUGGUAGACUUGAAAACACCAUUCGCCGGUACGAAUGCGAACAGUGAUCUUGGCACAUUUUAUCGAGAGUGUCAAAGCGCCCCGCAGCUUCAAGCUUUCACUGAAGAGAGAACACUUGCUGAGCAAGUAGGAGAUCUCACGGAGCAGUUGGAAACAUUUGAGACACACAUGCAUCAUUAUGAAGAUGUUUUAUCGUCGCUUUGCCACACAGAGAACAAUAACUGAAAUAAAUUAAAACAAAAGAUAGGUAACAUUUGGUGGAUCAUUUUUAGCAGUAAUUCCAAAGAAUUCGGUUAAAGGAAUUUCAAACAAUCAAAUUGUUUUUAUUAAAUUUUAAGCGUAUUUAUGUAUUGUUUGAUUAGACGGAGAUGAUAUAAAAAAAUUAACGAUGUUGAACGGUCGAUAUGAAUAUACUUAUAUGUAUAUAAUUAAAAUUUAACAUGUUACAAGCUUAUAAGUGCGAUUUUGCAAAACUAAAAUACUUGCCCAGUUGAUUGUUUUCAGAUAACAAUUUCAAACCUACGAAUAUUUUAAUAUUAUGACACACAACGUGUGGUUAAUUUGCAGAGACGAUUUUUUUUUUAUCAUAUCACAAGUCUCAAAUAUUGCGAUCUUAUUCUCCUUGGCUAAGUGCGAAAUGAGUAAUUAGAGACGAAUCUUUUAUUUAUAUUCAUUCACGCUAAACGCCAGAAGUAAAAUUCUUUGUACUUGCAAAUCGCAUGGCGCUAGUAGCAUUUAAUUGCGACAGUGCGUGUGAAGGAUAAUUAGAUUCAGGACAAAAAUGAAUUCUAUCACAUUACAUCACAUGCUAAAUAAAGGUCAUUCACCAACAGUCUAAUCAACUCCUAAUCUUUCUCACUCUUUUUCUCUUCCAUUCGUUCUUGUUCUGUCUGACGAUAAUAGGGUUUUAUAGAACUCUAACUAUUCGCUUAUACAUACUUUAGACAUCUGUCAGGUUGGUUCAUUUUGUUUUCUCAUAAACGUUAGACUUUUCUGUCUAAAGUCGUAAACUUCGGAAAACUCGAAUAAAAUUAUUUAAGACUUACGAUAUGACCUAAUUUAAUAUUGUUUGCUGAAAAUUAUUUAUUUUUCUAUUUUGGAAUUUAUUUUUUUGGUUCAUAAAUUAUUACUGUAAAUACCUUACUUUCUAUGAUAUGAAUUAUGUUGUAUAUGAUAUGUUUUAAACAAGUGAUUUGAGUUACGUAUAUAGUAUACACACGCAUACGUAUUGAUAUUGUGAAUCAAUUUUUAUGAGAUGUUUUUACAAGCAACAACUUUCCGUGUAACCGGUCGAAGAUUAAUAUGGUACGAUAUUGAGUUAGUAUGUAGAAUUAUGUACAGAAUCAUAUUUUUAUUUUUUGAUUUUAUAACCAAAUUAUAAAUGGAUGAUUUUAAACAUAUAAGGAAUGAAUGUCAAAUGUAUCAGUCAAAACAGUUUAUUUCAUGAGACUAAUGAAAUCUCAUUAACAAAUCAGAAUCAGAAACAGAUUAACAAUGAAGAAAGUUCGCAACGUCAACGUUUGCUUUUUCAAUUAGACAUGUGAUAUAUUCUGAAAUUGAAAAGAGCAUUGAAAGCGAGAUGUUGAACGGAGAUCGACAUUGAUUGGGCAUCUGUUAUUAUAUUGAGACUGUUUAAAAAUAAAAGAACUUUUGUCAGCAUGAAUUCACAAUUACAACAAGUAUAGCUUUAUGUACAUUAUACAGAUAUAGAAAUGUGUCGCACGUAUCAGUAUAAAUUGCUUAUGGUACGUAAUAGAAACUCUGAAUCAUAA